AUGGCGGUGCUCUCCGCUCACCUGCCCACUCGCCGCGCUACACGGGCGAUGGCGGUGCUCUCCGCUCACCUGCCCACUCGCCGCGCUACACGGGCGAUGGCGAACCUGAUCAAGAACCUUCCGGAGCAGAAGGAGUUAAGUGCCCUGGCCGAGCUGAAGGGCGAGUACGAGGAGCUGUGUGAGUCGGAGCAGUUUGGCAUCGUGAUGAGCUCGGUGAAGCUGCUCCGCUCGCGCCUCAACGGCAUUCUGUUCAAGCUGACCUUCGAGGAGCAGCUGAACAACAUCCGGCCAGACAUCAUGAACGUGACGUUUGCGUGCGAGGAGGUGAAGAAGAGCGACAGCUUCAGCAAGCUCCUGGAGCUGGUGCUGCUGGUGGGCAACUACAUGAACACAGGCUCCCGCAAUGCGCAGACCUUUGGCUUCAACAUCGCUUUCCUGUGCAAGGUAUGGGGGACAGCCCGCUGGUGCCAUAGACUCACUGGUCCUUGGGAUCUUGACCGACACAUACGACCACACAGACAAGUUAAAACUCACUAAGUAGCAAAGACCCAUCUAGAUUUAUUUUUUACUCAUCUACUUUAUUUAGAUUUGCUGGUUUAUUUUUGUAUUUAAUUGUCUACACCCUGGCACUGGUGUGGGUCAAAAAUAACUCUGUUUUUUGCACUAACUAGAUUAAUACAGGUGCGUAACAUGCUUACAUGUACCUGUCAAGUCUCACGUUCUGUGAGUAAAUGACACUAAUUCACCCUCUCAAUAGCAUAGAAUGUUAAUUAAUCCAAUAGACUGCCAGAUUCACACUGUGUGGCCUCCUACAUCAGUGUAGCAGUGAUACAAGUGAUCGAUGCUUCAUCAUUCAGUGGGUACGCACCUGCGCCACUGAACAACUUUUUAUCUCUAUGAGGUCGUCGUGGACCUUUUUAUGAAAUGCUACUGUUGUCACUGAUGAGUGAUAGAUAGAUAGAUAG